AUGUAUCAGCUCUCACUCUCAGGCACCAGUUUUAGCAUAUAUACUUCAGUUUUCAUGCAAAGCUUUUUUCUCAUCUCUUUAGCCUUAAUCACGUCCACAGUUGGAGGAAAUAGUUAUAAUGAAACCGAUAAGCUUUCAUUGCUCGCCUUUAAGGCUCAAGUGGUGGAAGACCCUUUUGGAGUUCUCAACUCGUGGAACGCAUCUCUGCAUUUCUGUGAAUGGUCAGGCAUUACGUGCGGCAGACGGCACAAGAGGGUCACGGUGUUGGACCUCAAUUCACAAAAGCUGAAAGGUGGGUUAUCUCCACACAUUGGAAAUCUGAGUUUUCUCAAGAUAUUAAGGCUCUAUAACAAUAGUUUGGGCGACCAUAUCCCACCGGAAAUAGGCCGUUUGUUCCGAGUGAGAAUAUUAUUUCUGAAUAACAACUCCUUUACUGGCCAAAUUCCAGGCAACAUCUCUCACUGUUCUAGCCUCGAGAAACUAAUUCUGUCUUAUAACAAUCUUGUUGGAAAAAUUCCCGAAAGUUUAGGCUCCUUGUCCAAGCUUCGCAUGAUCGAUUUGAGCUCCAACAAAUUAGUUGGAGAAAUUCCCACUUCUCUUGGGAAUCUUAGUACUCUUGAGUUGUUGGCUGUGGAAAUUAACGGACUGCAUGGGAGCAUUCCAAAUAGCUUUGGGCAGUUGAAGAGCUUGAAUAUUCUAGCUGUUGGAGUAAAUUAUUUGACUGGUACCAUUCCUACCUCAAUAUACAAUCUCUCUUCUAUUACAGUAUUCUCUGUGCUUGAAAACCAAUUUCGUGGACGCCUACCGCCUAACUUGGCUGGUCCCACUACUCUUCCAAACCUCCAAUUUUUUUAUGCCAGCUCUAAUCAGUUCGAUGGGCCAAUUCCCCUAACCAUUUCCAAUGCCUCAGGCCUUGUACUAUUUGAAAUAGCCAAAAACAAGUUUUCUGGAAAAGUGCCUAGUUUAUCAAGAGUCUCCAAUUUGCGAAGUCUAAUUCUUGAAUUGAAUAAUCUUGGAUAUCGCGAGGAUGAUGACUUAAAUUUCAUCACCUCUCUUGUGAACUGCACGAAUCUGGAAGUUUUGUAUUUUAAUCAAAAUAAUUUUGGAGGAACUUUGCCUGAAUCAUUGAACAAUAUCUCAACAAAGCUUCAGUCUUUAGCAAUUGCAGGAGUUAUACCUUCUUCUAUAGGGAAUUUGACAUUGUUAAGCAAACUCUUGCUAUCCUCCAACAACUUUCAAGGAAGCAUACCAUCGAGUCUUGGAGGAUGUAAGAGUUUGACAACACUUGAUUUUUUUCAAAAUAAUUUGAGUGGUACUAUACCCAAACAACUUAUUGGCUUGUCAACCUUGGCCGAGGGAUUAGAUUUAUCAUGGAAUAGGUUGACUGGUCCCAUCCCUAUGGAAGUAGGAAAUUUGGUAAAUAUUCAAUAUUUGCGUCUUGAAGAAAAUAAGUUGAAUGGUGAAAUUCCUGAAACUCUUAGUGGUUGCACAAGCUUGAUGUAUUUGCAUUUGGGGGGAAACUCAUUGCAAGGGAACAUUCCCUCAUCUUUGGUUACUUUGAGAGGAAUAGAAGAAAUGGACUUCUCUAGCAACAACUUAUCUGGAAAAAUCCCUAUGUAUUUGCAGACUUUUCGUAUGUUGAAGAUUUUGAAUUUAUCGUUCAAUGAUUUCGAAGGUGAAGUACCUAUUCAUGGAGUGUUCAAUAAUGUAAGUGCACUUUCCAUAGUGGGAAACACAAGGCUAUGUGGAGGCAUACCACAGUUGAACCUGUCUAGUUGCUCCUUCAAUCACUACAAAAAGCAUAAACUAUCUGGCAAGGCAAAAAUCAUUAUUGUUUCUGUUGCUUGCGGACUCGUUGCGUUGAUUCUAGCGAUAUUUUUGCUUAUAUUUUGCAUGUUGAGGAAAAGAAGCAAGUUAACAAAUUUGGGAUCAGCAUUUGGAAUUUCUUUCUUGAAAGUAUCAUAUGGGGAUCUUGUCAAAGCUACUGAUGGCUUUUCAUCAGCAAGUUUGAUUGGUGUUGGAAGUUUCGGUUCUGUAUAUAAGGGAAUCUUGAAUCAACUAGAAGCAAAAGUUGUUGCUGUGAAAGUACUAAACCUUGAAGCUUCAAGAGCUUCAAAAAGUUUUGUAGCUGAAUGUAAAGCCUUGAAAAGGAUCAAGCACCGAAAUCUUGUUAAAAUCAUAACCGCAUGUUCAAGUAUUGAUUUUCGGGGAAAUGAUUUCAAAGCUCUUGUAUAUGAGUUUAUGGUUAAUGGGAGCCUAGAAGAGUGGCUACAUCCAAAUCAUGGAGCAAAAUCGGAACAAGAACACAAGCAUUUGAGUCUUAUUGAGAGGGUGAACAUUUCCCUCGACGUGGCAAACGCUCUCGAUUAUUUGCACAAUCACUGCCAUGAGCCAACAGUUCACUGUGAUUUGAAGCCAAGCAAUGUUCUCCUAGACAAUGACAUGAAUGCUCAUAUUGGUGAUUUUGGAUUGGUGAGGUUCCUUUCCCACCAAUUUUCCUCAGAACAAACUAGUUCUUUUGGAAUAAGAGGCUCCAUUGGAUACACGGCGCCAGAGUACGUCAUGGGAAGCAAGGUGUCAACAUUGGGCGAUGUCUACAGUUAUGGAAUCCUGCUGUUAGAGAUGUUCACAGGCAAGAGGCCAACUGAUAUUAUGUUUAGAGAUGGUUCAAAUCUGCGUAACUUUGCUUUGGCAGGUCUUUCUAAUUGCGUGGAAGAAAUUGUAGAUGCCAUGCUUCUUCAAACAGAAAAUGAAGGCAGCAACAAGAAUAAUGUAAAUCAAGACACUCAUGAUUGCUUGGUUUCAGUUAUUAAAAUUGGAGUAGCUUGCUCUGCCGAGCUGCAAAAAGAGAGAAUGGUUAUCGCUGAUGUUGUUUCUGAACUUUGUCAUAUAAAAGACAGACUUCACAAGCAUGCAUAGGAAGCAUUAAGAACCGUCCAAGCAGAGAACCCAGUGGUUCUUUAGGAGGAGGUCUUGGAGUUGGAGGGUAUGGCCAACGGUUUAGAAAAACUGAUGAUAGACUAUGUCACGCCAUUGAAAGUAUUUACCAGCUAAUAAAGUUACAGCUUGUGUAUUAAAUAGUCUAGUAAAAGUCAAAAGCACAUUUUCUUCUCUUCUUUUCCUCCUUUAUGUCAUUAUAUUUGUCCAGCUUUAUGUGGUACCUCUAUUAUUGCACACAUUUAAUUUGGAAAUUGAUAUGGUCAAGUGGACUUUUGUGUAA